ACAUCCACUUACAGAGAACUCACUGAACACAGAGAGCUAAAUUUGGAGCCAAGCGGCAUUCAAACAGCCACCUGCUCCAGUCCCUCACCGAGAGGACGGAGGACACAGACAGAUGCACAGACAGGAGCAGUGUGUCGGGGGGUUUGCUGGAGGAGCACAGUGAGAAUGUCAGGGCGAAAGCAACUACCGAAGCUGGCCAUCAUUAAAGAACUGGAGCUCAUCCUGGAUUCCUGCACACUGGAGCUCUCACCAGUGGAUGAAGUCUGGACUAAUCUGUACAUAGGAAAUGUGUGAGUUUCUAAAGUUUGGUGUAACGAAAACUUUCAGAUUUUUAAUAAAUUUAUAAGUGGGUUAAAUACACCUCCUAUGUUGCUGUUACAGGUGCUUUUUUUCUUAAUAUUUAGUGUCUUUUUGUGUGUUUUGCAGGGCUGUAGCACAGAACAGGAAGACAUUACAUAAGCUCGGCAUCACUCAUGUCCUGAACGCCGCUCACUCCAAGCAGGGCAGCAUCGGAGACCAGAGUUUUUAUGGCGACACUUGUAUUUACUUUGGCAUCCCAGCAGAGGAUUCAGACCACUUUGACUUACGUCAGUACAUCAAACCUGCAGCAGACUUCAUACAUAAAGCCCUGAAGAGCAAAGACGGUACAGUAUUCGAAGAAAACACCUUUCCACCGUGUUUACACAGAUCCACACAGAGAACCUGACAUAUCACUGUAGGUGUAAUUGCACUUGCAUUCAUCAAUCUCCAACAGAACAACAUAUUUGAAAACCAGUACUGUCAGACUAAAGGUGACAAGAGCAUGCCAAAAGAUUCCCACAAUGCAUAGCAGUUAAUAAAUUUUGCUUAUUCUUCACUAAAUUAUAAAACAAAAGACGUGAACAUGAUAAAUCAUUUUAUUUACACAGCAGCUGUUUUAUUAUGGUGAGAAUUUGGUUUGCUAAAUGGAUUAACGUGAGGAAUGUAACAGGUCAGCAUAGACGUACUCCUUUCACAAAAAUCAGGUCAAUAAAGCCGUUGUUUCCAUCUCUAAUAUCAUCAUCCUAAUUUUAAGAGAUUUUUAAUUAAACUGCAAUCAAAGUUGAAAACAGUUAAUUACCAAUCUUUACAUCUCACACAUACUUUCAUCAUUACUUUUAGUACAGUACCAAUAAGUUUGUAUGAGCUGUUAUUGUUACUAUCUUUGUCUCUAUGAAUCCAGCAGAUCAUUGUAAGACUAGAAUCUGGUUCCGUUCGAGGUUAUUUAACCUUUUAGGCCUUUUAUUGAUUUUAUUGUUUUUUGUUUCUGCUCAUUUAUGUUAUUCCAUUUUAUCAUUAAAAUAACCAUCAUUAUUAUUUAAUUAUGAUUUUAUUAUUAUUAUGAAUAUCAUCUUUUUAAAUUUAAUAUCCUGUUUCCUGCUUUCUACCCCCCCCCCCCCCUUUUUAUUACAUUUCUUCUUCUUCUUCUUCUUCUUCUUCUUCUUCUUCUUCACCUAUUUUAUAUUGGUCCUCAUGGUCUCAUUUUAUGUUGUAGGGUUCUUGUAUUGUUUGGGUUUUUUUAUGACAAAUGAAAUUGGCCCAUCAAUUCGGAGGCCUUGUUUUUAACUGAGCUUUUGUUUUUUAUUUGUUUUUAUUUCCAUGUGCUGAUGCUUUACUACUGUUUGUCAAAGCACUUUGUAAAGUUCUGUUUUUAAAAGUGCUAUAAAAAUAAAGUUAUUAUUAUUAUUACUAUUAUUAUUAUUAACCGCUGCCUACCUGGGAUGUUUUGCUGAGUCAGUAGAGUGGGUCAGUGGUAGUCCUCCACUCUCUCCUUGCAUCAAGCUCUUCCAUUCAUCUAAAAGGCAUAUAAAUAAAUACAUAAAAUCAACAUUUGUGAUUAUAGUUAUGUCUUGUCCCAUAUUUUCGUCAUAAUAAUUUUCUCUUGUUUUGUUUUUCUCUAUCCUGCUUUUCAGGUAAGGUGCUGGUGCACUGCAUUAUGGGUGUGAGUCGAUCUGCCACGCUGGUCCUGGCUUAUUUAAUGCUGCGGCAGCAUCUCCCUCUGAGAGACGCUCUGAGACGAGUCGUCAAAAAACGAGCCAUUUACCCCAACCGGAACUUCCUGUCCCUGCUCCUUAAACUGGAUGAACAGCUGACACUCAGACGGAGGUUGUGUCCUCUUCUCUGACAUUUUCACUGGCAUCACUUCAAGAUCUUUCCCUAUCUUCCUCUUCUUCCUGUGUGUUAAACUCCACUUUGACCAGCAUAAAUAGUAUCUUUAAAUAAUGACUAUGUAUGAGGCAGAGAGAGCUGAUGAUGGCGAACACUGAAGUGACCUUUGAAUUCCAUGUUUGUUUUUGGGAAGAGCGGUAAAAGUGUUUUGCAAUAUUGCAUAUAUCCAAAUAUCUGUCUCACAUGUCUUUGAGGCUGUUUUUUUUAUAUUUAAAAAGUAUUCAAAUGUUAUAUGUCAGCUUUUUGUGCACGAUUUGUAAAUAGAAAUUUGUUGUAAAUAUCCAAUAAAGACAUUUUGGCCAUUUUAUUAAGACAAAUUGACCUAGUUUCAUGUAGAUUAGGCAGUGAACUGUAUCUGUAUGUGCUCUUUUCAAAACGAUAUAAACAGUUUUCUUUAAAAAAGUCAGUCAAUCAUUAAUGGCUCAACUAUUGAACUAUUACACAAUGUAUCUACAUCAAACAAUUACCCAAUUUUAUCCAAACAUAUCAUGAAUGAGUUUAAAUCAGCUCAAACUGAUGAGAAUUUUAUUGAAGCAAAUAAAAAGUUUAAGAAAUGUGA